GGAGGCCAGUGAUUGCCCGCCUGCCCACCCACCGACCCACUCCCUUUCCCAUCUCCUCGCCCUCCGCCAGUGAGUGUCUUCUCCCCACCGUAACCGUGCCAUGAGGAGGUCAUUGCUAUGUUCAUCGAUGAAUCAGAUGGCGCCCUCGUCCUUGUCCGCUUCCCCUUCCCCUUCCCCCUUCAAGUUAAUAGGCAUCUCCAUCCUUCUACUCUCCUAUUCCCUCUCGCUUCUCCUCUUCCCUCCCAGCCUCUCUCCAUUCCUCUCCGACUCCGACUCCGACUCCGACUCCAACUCCCGCUCCUCCUCUUCUCGCCUUCUACUCCAAUACCCAUUGCCAUCCGCUUCUUCUUCGUCUUGUUCUUCGGUGCUCGAAUUGCCCCCUGACCGGCACUGUGCCUUCGCCCUCUCUCGAUGCGGCCGCAGCGGCGGCGGGGGCGGGCUCGUCAACUACGCCGCAAUCCACUUCUGCCUUUUCACCGGUCGCCCCUUCCUAUCCCUCCCUGCCCUCGCCCUCCUCCUCCUCCUCCACUUCUACUUCCUCGUCUCCGCCGCCCGCGACCACUUUACCCCCGUCGUCACCCGCCUCGUCGCCCACCUCCGCCUCUCCCCCAGCAUGGCCGCCGUUACCCUCCUCGCCCUCGGCAACGGCUCCCCCGACCUCUUCGCCUCCGUUGCUGCCCUCCGCGGUGGCCACCCACGCACCGGCCUCGCUGCCAUCCUCUCAGCCGGCGCCUUCGUCUCCGCCUUCGUCGUCGGCGCCGUGGCUAUACUCGCCGGCCCUUUCCCCCUCGAUCCAGGUCCCUUCGUGCGUGACGUCUUUUUCUACCUCGUCGCGGCCUCCGCCCUCUUCUACGUCUACCUUAGCGCCGAGAUCUUCCUCUGGCAGGCGGUCGGCUUCAUCCUCUUCUAUAUCUUUUUCGUUGGAUUCGUCUUCUGGAUGGAUCUGGGGGUUCACGGCACGACAGACAAAAAUGGGGAGCUGGAGAUGGGUCUGGCAGUGGAAGGAGAGCAGGAGGCUUGGAAGAAGAAGGAUUUCUUUACAGAUACCGCCGACAAGGAAUCUGAACGACCGGUGGGAAACAUCGAGGAAGUGGAAUCUGCAUGGAGUCUUCAUCGGGUGCUUCGAAAGAUAAAGCAAUUUGCCAGUGGAUGGAUGCUAUUAUUGUGGCCGAAAAGUUGCAAGAUGCACUACCCUAGUUGUUAUCAGUCGCGUUCUGGCAUCAGCAUGUGUUCAGUUGCAACAUAAUCUCGGUCACCACAUAAUCAGCACGAAGCAGGCAGUAAGCUUGAUGAAGAUGCUAUUUAGAGAUGUAAUAUUUUUGUUCUCCAGUGUUUCUUUUUUCUUUUCUCCAGGAUCACAACACUCUGUUCUUAUUGUUUGAUGGACGGAUAUAUAUAUAUAUAUAUAUAUAUAUAUAUAUAUAUAUAUAUAUAUAUAUAUUCCAACAUGCUUGAAUUCGAUGCAGUUGAGAAAUUAAUUAACCAAGUCUGAAUCCUUAAGAGGAGUCUAUAUAUAUAUAUAUAUAUAUAAAUAAUAUUAUUAGCAUUGAGUUUCCUCUUUA